GUCAUGCUCACAAUGGAAGACCUUUUGGAAUUCCUCCUGAACAGGAGGUUGAAAUGUAGUGGAUUCCUUACAAAGCCUGUUUCAACUGAUGACCAUGUUGUCCUGUUUGUGCCCCAAACAACACAGCAGGGAUAGACUGUGUCUAUAUAGCUAUCUAAUGCCUCCCUCUUCCUCCAUUCUGUCAUAAGAUGCUGAUCCUGCAGAGUGCAUGACUUCAACAGCUUCUUUUGCCCCAAAUCCUAAUUUGCUUGGUGGAGAGAUCUCUAGAUCAUAGAAACUUGCCCAAGAACCCUUAAAACAAUUAUUGCCUGGCCCUCAUAAAGGUCUUGCCUGCUCCUGAUUUUUUGAAAUGGAUCUGGGUUAAUGCAUUCUCAAAUGAAGGACAUGCUAUGUGAGGGUCACAGAUUGUGUACCUGGUUACUUACAUUGGGCAAAUGGACCCAAAAUCAAUGGACUUGAGCUUCAGCCUUCUUGGUUUUCUUGACCUGGUGAUAUCCAGACAUUAACAGUGGGCAACUUUCACAUCCAUGCUUCCUGACACUGUCGCCUUGUUCCUGGCAUGAAGAUGGCUUUGCCCUGGAUGAAGGUCCUGCCUGUGCUGCUCUCAUUUCUCUUGUUGUUCCUCUGGCUUCCAAGCCCAAGUGCUUUCCAGCAAGAACCUUGUCAGACCUGCAGGGACCUUGCCAGCAACUUCCAUAAGGGUCUGGAGCGGACACAGCGAGAGAACUUCGGGGGCGGGAACACAGCCUGGGAAGAAGAGAAACUUGCAAAAUAUGCAAACAGCGAAACACGCCUGCUGGAGGUACUGGAGGCCGUGUGCGCCACAUCAGACUUUGCCUGCCAUCAGUUGUUGGAACAGAGUGAAGAACAUGUGGAGCGGUGGUGGUUCCACGAGCAGCAGCAGCACCCGGACUUUUCCCAGUGGCUCUGCAUGGAUGCAUUGAAACUCUGCUGCCCACCAGGCACUUAUGGCCCUGAUUGCCACACCUGUCCCGGAGGUGCCCAGAAGCCUUGCAGUGGGUAUGGGCAAUGUGACGGUGAUGGCACACGUGGGGGCACUGGCCUGUGCAUGUGCCAGACAGGCUACGGUGGCCCUUUCUGUUCAGAGUGUGGAGAUGGCUACUAUGAAGCUGCUCGCAACGACAGCCACCUGGUAUGUGCGGAGUGCUACCGAGCCUGUGGACGCUGUUCAGGCCCUGAAGAUUCAAGCUGUCUGCGCUGCAAGAGGGGCUGGAUGCUGCAUGACCGAAGAUGCAUUGACAUAGAUGAGUGUGGCACAGACAUGGCGCACUGUCGCUCCAACCAGUUUUGUAUCAACACGGAAGGAUCCUAUGAGUGUCGAGAUUGUGCCAAGGCCUGCAUUGGCUGCAUGGGAGCUGGACCUUCUCGCUGCAAAAAAUGCAACAAGGGUUAUCAGCGUGAUGGCGUCAAAUGCCUUGAUGUCGAUGAAUGUGCUGGUGAAGUGGAAGAACCUGUAUGCACUGGUGCCAAUGAGGCCUGUGAAAACACAGAUGGCAGCUAUCGGUGUGUUUGUGUGGAGGGAUAUGUACGCAAAGAGGGGAUCUGUGUGGAAGAUAAACCUCCAGAUGCUCCGGAGAAAGGCUUUUUUGACGACAUCACAGAUGAUGAAGUGGUUGUGCUGCAGCAGAUGUUUUUUGGUGUCAUAAUCUGUGCACUAGCCACGCUAGCUGCCAAAGGUGACAUGGUCUUCACGGCCAUUUUCAUUGGGGCUGUGGCUGCUAUGGCAGGCUACUGGCUGUCAGAGCGCAGCGAUCGUGUGUUGGAUGGGUUCAUAAAAGGCAGAUAGUGCAUGGCAAAGUAUGUGUUCCGUGCGGCUUCCUGCCUCAGAGAGCCAGCUGGUUGGCAGGAACUCCCUGACCCUGCUCCCUACCCCCUACCCUGGCAGGGCUGUAAAAUCUAGAAGGAAGAGGUGGAAGGGCCAUUCUGUAUCCCAGCCUGGGCUGAUGGAAGCCUAGCCUGGCAUGCUCUGAAAGGAGAAAUGGGAGAAGAAGCAAAGCAUGCUCGCCAGCCCUGCUGUUGGCUGAGGAGAGGAUUUCUGGGGAAAAGUAGGAUAAAUUGAGAGGUUUUGUGUGGGAUACCGUCUAUGGGUCUCAAGAACAGGCCUCUGUUACUCUCCUAUUGGCCCAGCUCUUUGAAUCUAUGGGAUGAUCUCAAACAUGUUCCAACCCAUAUGCUCUCCCCCAUUUUAGUCAAGUAACAUUAACCAGAAAAAUGCAAAUCACUUUGGAGAGAAACCUGGGACUGGGUGGGUGGGUGGGGAUUGCUUCUUGCUGGCUCUUUGAGGAAUUGCCCCCAUGGCCGAGAGCUGAUCUGCACAUUAUGCUGAAGGAGGCAACAAAAUGAAGUAAUAUAAUUGAUAAUUGUACCACUUCAGGCAGCUGUUGUUUUUCAUUUCAAUGCCAUGCUGUGGCCAAAGGUUUUUGUGUGUGGUAAACUAGCACCUUCAGUCAGAGCAUGUUAGACUUUCUUCCUGGUAUGCUAGUUUAUUGCAUGCAGAAGAUAGAGAAGGAACAUUCAAGAAAUAACCUUCACUCAUGCUCAGACCUGCAACCUGAAGUGGUAUGGUCCAAAAUUUUAUCACCUCAGAUUCCUGCCUCAUCCUGUAUAAUGUGCAGAAUAGCUCUUGUGACAAUGUGUAAAGCAAAGGAAGCCUGAGUGGCAUGCAUGUCCACACUUGCCCCUUUGCGUCUGUCCACUCACUAUACUAUUUUGUCCAUCCAUAUCUCAGGAAAAAUAAAGGCCUGUGUACACACA